AUGGAAGUUCUUGCACUGAUUGAAAGCCAACUGGAAUAUCCAAAUGACAAGAACAACUCAAUGUCACCAAUAAAUCAACUUCUCUUGACAUUGAGAUACUAUGCUACUGGUGACCAUCAAAUUACUAUGGGAGAUUUUUGUGGAGUAAGCCGGCCUACUGCACAUCGAGUGAUACACAAGGUUACAAGAGCAAUAGGCGGAUUAUCAUCCACUUACAUUAGAUUUCCUCAGACUUCCACUGAGAUAAGAAGCACACAAUUAGAUUUUUAUAACAUCGCUCGAUUUCCAAAAGUAAUUGGUGCAUUGGAUUGCACCCAUAUAAAAAUAAUAUCACCAGGAGGAGAUUACGCAGAAACUUUCAGAAAUAGAAAGUCCUGGAAAUCAAUAAAUGUCCAGGCCAUUUGCAAUGCAAAUCUUGUAAUUACAGAUUUAGUAGCAAGGUGGCCUGGAAGUGUACAUGAUGAGAGGAUUUUCAGUGCCUGCCGAAGAAAUGCCAUGUUUGAGCUCGGGAACUAUGGUGAUGCUGUUUUGGUUGCAGAUAGUGGUUAUAUGAACCGAAGAUAUCUAAUGAUGCCUUUAGAUAGACCCACAACAAGGGAAGAAGUUUUGUUUAACGAAUCCCAAAUAAGGACAAGAAACCCGGUUGAGAGAAUGUUUGGCAUUUGGAAACGUCGGUUUCCAGUACUAGCAUUGGGUAUUAGAGUAGCCUUAAAAAAUUGUUUGCCUAUUAUUGUGGCCACUGCAGUAUUACAUAAUAUACUGCAGUCUAGGGGUGAGGGCAUACCAGAAGAUGAUCCUGACCUAGCUUUGCCAGCUCCAUGGGAAUCUUUGCUGAUGGAGGGAACAAUCCGUCAGCAGCGUUCUCAGGAACAUAAUAUUGAGAGGCGAGACAUAAAUCCAGAAAGAAGGAGUUUAAUAAAUAAUUAUUUUAAGAGUCUGUAG